AUGUCGGAGGAAGGAAAUAAGUCUCCCUCUAUGCGUGGUGAUUACACUUUUGGAGCCGAAGAAGAAGAAGAAGUGGAAAUCCAACAAAAAUUCGACGAAAGUGAUGCAAAUGAUUUGCAGCAAAGAAGGGAGGUAUUGAGCCAAUUAUUACAGACUACAAACGUACACGAAGGAGAUACAUUGUUUCUUGUAUCGCGAGACUAUGUUGAUGAUAUACUAAAUUUGCCAGCGGACACAUUUGAGGAAUUGAAGAAUAAUUUGGGACCUAUCAAUUGUAAGCUGCUAGUAGAUGGAGCCGGGUUCUUAUAUCCUGAUGAUGAAAAGUCAGACGCAAUUGCUACGCGUAGCAUUACACAGGAGGCAUUUCAGAAAUUGAUAGAAUGGUUUGGGAUCCACGGUGAACCCAUCGCGAGAGCAGCCAUGCUAAACCCUGCUACCGGUAAUAUAGAGGUUGAAAGAUUUCCACCAUAUUUUCACAUUCAUACGUUGUUGAAAGGAAAUUCUAAUAGAUCCUUUCACGGUCAGAUGCAUAAUGGUGUUUACUUGUCACGCACUAGAACAUUCAAUGAUUUGUUUGAUGCGAUUAGAGUAAUUAUGUUCAAAACUUCUGGUAAUCAAAAGCCUACGCCAUUUCGUAUUUGGUUUAUACCGGCAGAUAGUACUGAUAACUUACCAAGUUCGAUUUCCUUAUUUGCAUUUAUUAACGAUAUUCGUAAGAAACACUUACUUCGUCAAGACUUUUACAAUUAUUCGUUGAAAAGCCAAGGAAUAGUACUACCAAGCUACCAUAUUUUAGUAGAAUCAUUUGAUAAAUCUAGUAAGAGCUAUCCUGUGGACAAUUACUUUAAUUCUGUUGAUUUAUCCACUUUUGAAAUUGAAAAGAUGAUUGAGUCAGGUGGAAAUCUUGGUCUAGCAAAUCUAGGAAACACAUGCUAUAUGAACUCUGCCCUACAAUGUUUACUUCAUGUUCCUGAAAUAAAUUAUUAUUUCUUUUAUAAUAUUUUUGAGAAGGAGCUUAAUAAAACUAACCCUCUUGGUAAUAAAGGCCAGAUUGCUGUUGCCUUUGGUUCUUUGUUACAUAAACUAUUUGACAACUUGAAAAAUACGAACAGUUCUUUUGUAUCUCCUAGAGAAUUUAAGUUCACCAUUGGUCAUUAUUCGUCAAUGUUUCAUGGCUAUCAACAACAAGAUUCUCAAGAGUUUCUAAGCUGGUUAUUAGAUGCUCUCCACGAAGAUUUGAAUCGUAUUUACAAUAAGCCCUAUUGUGAAAAACCGGAAUUAAAAGACGAUGAAGUAAGUGAUCCAAGUGCCAUUGCCAGAUUAGCAGACACUUGCUGGCAGCAACAUAAGCAACGUAAUGACUCAGUAAUAGUUGAUUUAUUUACAGGUUUAUACCAGUCCACCUUAAUCUGCCCCGAUUGUUCCAAAACUUCAAUAACCUUCGAUCCGUUUAAUGAUCUAACAUUGCCAUUGCCAAUCAAUAAGAAAUGGUAUCAUACAUUUACAAUCAUUAAUUUAUCCACCGACUCGUUAAAUCUUGAGUCGCACAUAAUGAAAUUAGAGGUGGAGUUAGACAAGACCUCCAAUUUUGAUGAAUUAUUGAGAUAUCUCAGUACCUUUCUUAAGGUCCCGCAAAAGUAUUUAUUUUUGUUUGAAAUUUUUAAUAAUUUCUUUUACAAAGAUUUCCAGGCAAAAUAUAACAAAUUGAAGUUCUUCCCUACAAGCGAAAUUAUUUCAGAUAGUGAUGAUAUCCUCGUCUAUAUCAUACCCCACAAUCCUGAAACCGAUAUUAUUGUUCCCGUCAUUAAUACAGUGAGUGACCAAGAUAAGUCCUAUAACAUAUCGAAUCCUUUUGGAUUGCCGUUAUUUAUUGUAUUGGAUAAAAUAAAUGAUGUUAGAAGUUUCGGAAAUAUUAGAAAGAACCUUGAAAGUACGGUUAAAAUUUUAUCUAAUAUUGACAUUGAUGAUCAUUGUGAUGAAAUGAAGAAAUCUAAUAAGAAGUAUCAUUCAGCGAAGGACUUUCCAUUGUUAGAGAAGGGUCUGCAAGAGGAUGUCGAUAUGCUUGAGGAAGAUACUAACGAAAACAUUAAUGGUCCUUCACAAGAUGAAUACGAUUCAGAUAUUUCAUUAGGUAACCCUAACGUAGGAGCUGAUUAUGGGUUCAAUAUUAGGCAUUAUCGCGAAUCAAAACCUGUUACUCGUUCAUUGAACAAAUUCAAUUACAGUUCUGAUGAUCAGGAUGCUUCUUCGAAUGGUGUACUUAAUAUUCCAAACUUGAGACCAAAUUUCAAUAAUUUGCCGAGCUUAUCAGACGAGCUUCCACAAUUGAAGCAGAAAUAUUAUCAUUACCCUCGAUAUAUUGAAGAUUCAACUAAUGGAAAUGAACAGGAAGCCAGUUCUGACGAUAAAGAAAAGGUUGAUGAAGAUUAUGUUGUAGUAGAGAAUAAGUCUGAUAAUGAAAUUGAAGACAAUCUUGCGAAGGAUACUCCUCCGGAACUGCUGGACGAAGGUCUUGAUACGGAAAAUGAGAAUAAUGGGUCAGAAAAUAUCGGGCUGUUAUUUGAUUCUGUUAGCGAAUUACCUUCGCAGAAAAAUGCAUCUACGCAUUACUCUGAGCUGAAGACUGAUAAUCAUCCGGUUUUAGUUUACAAUAAUACCACUUUGGUUUGUGAAUGGGAUUAUGAUAUUUUCUCGAAACUUUUUGAAGAUCCAGCAGAUCAGAAAUGGAUAGAUUUGCCGUACAUUCCAAAUGAUCAGUUAGAAGCCAAUAAAAGGAAAUUAGAGCAACAACAGAAAUCGACUGUUUCAUUAUAUGAUUGUUUGCGGAGUUUUAGUACGCCAGAAAUUUUAGGUGAUCAGGAUUUGUGGUAUUGUCCAAAUUGUAAGGAUCAUAAACAAGCUACGAAGACAAUUCAAAUCUGGUCAACUGGUGAUUUAUUAACCAUACAUUUGAAGAGGUUCCAAAGUGCGAGAACUUUCAGUGACAAGAUUAAUAUGGUCGUCGAUUUCCCAGUCGAAGGAUUAGAUAUGUCAUCUUUUGUAUCUAAGGAAAAAGAUAAUUCGGAUUUAAUUUAUGAUUUAAUUGCUGUUGAUAAUCAUUAUGGUGGACUUGGAGGGGGACAUUAUACAGCUUCAGUCAAAAAUUUCAGGGAUAACAAAUGGUACUAUUUUAAUGAUGGAAGGGUUAGUGAAAUGAAUGAUCCUACCGAAUGUAUUACCGGUGCUGCUUAUUUGUUGUUUUACAGAAAGAGAAAGCCAGCUUCGGAAUUCUUAGGAGGCGAUCAACUACAAACAGUGAUCCAACAGGGAAGGGAUAAUUUUAACCAAAACUUGAAAUAUUUGAUGGAUAAUUUGAUUAAGACAAAAGAACAAGUUGACGACUUCAAUCAACAUGAUAUAGCUUUAAAGUCUCACGAAGAAUUGAAGUUCGCAGAAGAAAAUCAGGAUGAAAAAGAAGAAGACGAAGAAGAAGAAGAAGUAGAAAAUGUCGCAAAGACUUCGGAGUCUUUAAUAUCGCCCUGUAAUGGAACUAUUCUGUCAGCCAAGAAGUCCAGAUUACCAAUAAACGAAGAGACAUCUAGUGGUGAAUUUAAUGAGGGCGGUGAUAACUUCAAUCGAAGAAAACAAAGGUUGAUAUCUAAAAAUAAGAAUUAUAAUAAAUCAAUUAGUAUCAAACCGGAUAAUACAAUGGAAUAUUCUUCAUCAAAUAUAGCAUCGCCAUUAAGUUCAGGUUCGGAAGAUAACAUAGUCAGUGAUAAUAUUAGCUUGCCAAACUCUGAUGCAAAUUUGGAUGAUAAAUAA